UAUGACGGAAGUUCCACCAUUUUGGAUCUCGGGGGCUACAGUAGCUAGUUGUUGCUGUUAGCUUUCGCAACCUAUCGUUACUUUUUGAUCGGGUUUUAUUUUCCCGCUCUGAUAUUAAAGUUGAGUGAAAGACAGAAAUCCGCCCCCGUGCUCGGAUCUGAGCCUGAACAUGGACGGAGAAGAGGACGACUUCGUGUCCGGGAGCCGCUCCGAUGACGGAGGCGGCACUCCGGUUCAGGACGAACACCAGGGGUCAGACGGCGAGGAGAUGAGGAGCGACAGACAUCAGUCUGAGGACGAGGGCAGCAACGACGAGGACGCCCCCCACGCCAUGGAGGCCAGCGGGGCGGCCAGCGGCUCCGACGACGAGGAUCACAGAGGAGGCGACAGCGACUCGGAGGCCGAGGCUCCCGGGGGCCGCCGUGACAAUAAAAGUGACUCAGAGACGGAGGCUCCUCGGCCCGCCGACAGCGACGAGGACUCUCCGGUCAAACGCAAGGCGAGCGGCUCGGACGACGAGGCGGAGUCGCUCGCCAAACGCGGAGCUUCAGAUAACGAGGAGGCGGGAGGGUCGUCUCCCGCCAAGCGCAGGGGGAGCAGCUCGGACAUGGAGGAGGGGCCCAAAGCGGCCGCAGACAGCGACUCAGAGAACGAGGGCGUCAAACCUGCGGCGUCCCCCGACCGGCGGUCCAACGCAGACAGUGACUCUGACACAGAGACGCCUGCCAGACGCAAGGCGGCACAGAUAGACUCUGAGGAGGAGGAGGAGAAACCUCAGGAGGGGGGGGGAGGAGGAGGAGGGAAGUGGAAGGCUGUGAUGCAGUCUGACAGUGAGGAGGAGGAGGAGGGGGGGAGGAGGAGGAAGGCUGCAGCAGGAAGUGAUGGGGAGCAGCAGGAGGAGAGGGAGCAAAGGGACGACAGCGAGGACGAGAAGCCAGUGAAGAGGAAGAAGGCCGUCCUGUCCGACAGCGAGGAUGAAGACGAGGAGAAGGCAGACAAGCCAGCGGUGAAGAGGAGCCGCGCCGUGUCCGACGACGAGAACUCGGACAGCGACGUCGGCGGGCCCGAUAAGAGCAUGGCCGCCAAACUGCGAGAGCUCGGCUCAGACAGCGGGAGCGAGGACGACGAGGGGUCGAAGGCGGCGGCGGGGAAGAAGGACGAAAAGGCGCUGUUCGGCAGCGACAGCGAGUCUGGAGACGGCGACGAGGAGGAGAAGAUGAUCGCGGACAUCUUCGGGGAGUCCGGAGACGAGGAGGAGGAGGAGUUCACGGGGUUCAACCAGGAGGACCUGGACGGGGCCAAGAAGGAGGCGAAGGAGCAGCAGCAGGUGGAGGAGGAGUCCGACUCCGACGACGGCGUCGACCGCAGCGGCCAAGACACCAGCUUCAUGUCCGACUUCGACAUCAUGCUCGCUCGGCGGAAAGCCAUGAACAGCAAGAAGAGGCGGCACCGCGACGGGGGCACGUUCAUCAGCGACGCGGACGACGUGGUCAGCGCCAUGAUCACCAAGAUGAACGAGGCCGCAGAGGAGGACCGAACGCUGAACAGCCAGAAGAAACCGGCGCUGAAGAAACUCACUCUGCUGCCGCAGGUCGUCAUGCACCUGAAGAAGCAGGACUUGAAGGAGACGUUCAUCGACAGCGGCGUGAUGUCGGCCAUUAAAGAGUGGAUCAGUCCUCUGCCGGAUAAGUCGCUGCCUGCUCUCAGGAUCAGGGAGGAGCUCCUGAGGAUCCUGCAGGAGCUGCCCAGCGUGAGUCAGGAGACUCUGAAGCACAGCGGCAUCGGACGCUCCGUCAUGUUUCUCUACAAACAUCCCAAAGAGUCUCGAUCCAACAAAGACCUCGCUCUCAAACUCAUCAAUGAGUGGUCGCGGCCGAUCUUCGGUUUGACGUCCAACUACAAGGGGAUGACGAGAGAGGAGCGCCAGCAGAGAGACCUGGACCAGCAGAUGCCUCAGAGACGGAGACUAAGUCAACCUCAGAAGGUCGAUAGGGCGGAGGAACCGGAUGUCUUCUCUCCACCAAUCAGCUCGGGGGGCCAGACGCCUCGGAGGGACCUGGAGAAACAGCUGACCGGAGAGGAGAAAGCUCUGCGACCCGGCGACCCCGGGUUCUGCGCCAGGGCUCGAGUGCCGAUGCCCUCCAACAAAGACUACGUCGUCCGACCCAAAUGGAACGUGGAGAUGGAGUCCAGCAGGGGUCCGAUGAAGAAGGGGAUGUCCCGCGUCGAUAAACAGAUGCGUAGAAUCGCAGACAUCCGCCGCCUGACGAAACCGGGUCACGCUGUUAAAAUCAGCGUGGAAGGAAACCGGAUGCCGCUCUGAUUUUAACCUCCGUAGGAUUUAUUCACUUUUUUUCUUUUUAAUGUGUUGUGCCUGAACACAAUCCCCCCCCCCCCCCCCUCCCUCCUCAGGUCUGUAAAUCACGUGACAUCUGCUGUAAACUCAUCUGGUCUUUGGACACAAAAUAUAAAAUCUUCUCCAAAAUGAUCCAUUAAAUAAAAGCUAACUGUUUUCAGCAUUCAGGCUAUGUUAACUUUAUUUUAAUAUUAUCUCCCAAUUUAUGUUAGCAGUUAGCUGCAUAAACCACCAUGUUAACUAAAGUUAGCAUUACAAUAGCUUCAACUCCAUAAUAUUAGCUAAUGUCAGACAGCUGCAUUAGCUAUCUCUUCAACUAGCAAGGCCUGUGAUGAACUUAUGUUAGCAGCUACAUUAGCACCAGCUCCAAACCAGCUGGAUCCUCAGUGUCAGCUAAUGUUAGCACUAGCUUUACCUCAAAGCCAGCUAAUUAGCAUUCAUGUUUAUAUCCCAAAUCUAUAAUAUUAGCUAAUGUUAGCAGUCAGAUGACUUGGUGGUAAAGCUAAUGUAACUAAGUCAAUAACAUUAGCUAAUGUUAGCAGUCAGAUGACUUGGUGGUAAAGCUAAUGUAACUAAGUCAAUAACAUUAGCUAAUGUUAGCAGUCAGCUACAUGUUAGCACUAUGUUUUACCUCCAAGCCAGUUAAUUAGCAUUCAUGUUUAUAUCCCAAAUUCAUAACAUUAGCUAAUGUUAGCAGUCAGAUACAUAUGCUAAAUCUCAAACUAGCAAGGUCCAUAAGAUGAACUUAUGUUAGCAGCUACAUUAGCACCAGCUCCAAACCAGCUGGAUCCUCAGUGUCAGCUAAUGUUAGCACUAGCUUUACCUCAAAGCCAGCUAAUUAGCAUUCAUGUUUAUAUCCCAAAUCUAUAAUAUUAGCUAAUGUUAGCAGUCAGAUGACUUGGUGGGAAAGCUAAUGUAACUAAGUCAAUAACAUUAGCUAAUGUUAGCUGUUGGCUACAUAAACAGGAACAGUUCGUAACGCAGCCCGCUUCAGGAUCAUUUUGGUGACAUUUUACAGUUUUUGUCCAAAAUAUUUACUAAUUUUCUGAUACUGGAUUUAAGAACAAACUCUUUCCCCGUCGCCCUCUUUGCCUCUGAAUGUGAAGAUGUUUUGCUAAUAGGCUCGCCAGACCUCCUCCUCAGUCCAUUUUGUCCCCUCUCUGCUCCCGUAGCGGCUGUACAGAAGUAUGUAAAGUGAGUUCACGCCGGCAACACUGCGACUCUGAUCCCAGAUGUGGUUCAGAGUCGGUGUGUUGAUUGUGUGUUUAGCCCGUCUGUUUGCAAUGGAUCAGAUACUUUUCUUAAUAAAGACUCAACAGAAACUCA